AUGGGGUGUAGGAAGGUUGCCGAGUUUCUCUUUACCUAUGAAACACCGAAGAUGGUGGAAAUUACCAACUAUAAGAUUGGAGUUUUCCACCGGUUUCUUCAAGUCAUAAUUACAGUGUACGUCGUCUGCUGGGUAUUAAUUUAUGAUAAGGGUUAUCAGGAAAAUGAUGAAGUUGUAUCAUCUGUAGUUACCAAAACUAAAGGGCUAAUGAUAGAGCGGUGGUCCCGAGGCACAGAGGACGUAGCGUUGAUUUUUGAUGCCGCUGAUAUUAUUAACCCUCCCCUAGAGAAUAAUGCGUUUUUCGUGACAACACACCUAAUAACUACCCCUCAGCAGACGCCUAGCCGUUGUUCUGGGACAAGUAAAAAAUCUGCUUGUAGACAGGAUAGUGAUUGCAAGGAAAUGCAAUUGUCCUUCCAUGAUGCAGGCGCAUUAACAGGAAAAUGUGUAAAUAUCAAAGAUGGAAAAGGUUUCUGUGAAAUAUAUGCUUGGUGCCCCCUUGAGAAUGACACCAUUGUUCUCAACUACGAUUUGCAGACCCGCUUUGACAUGAUUUCCAACUACACAGUCUACAUAAAAAAUGAUAUAGAAUACCCGAAAUUCAGCGUUAAAAGGAGGAAUCGAGAUGCAUGGAGUCAUAAAAAACCCCUUGGCUCAUGCCGCUAUAAUCCCAGCGAUCCACUAGACAAAUACUGUCCCAUUUUCAAGUUUGAAACAAUUUUUAACGAAGUCGGGUUGAAGCCAUCUGUUCUUACAAGAGGUGGAGUGAUUGGGAUCAUCAUAAAUUGGGACUGCGAUUUAGACUGGGGUGCAGAGAGCUGCAAGCCUGCCUACUCCUUCACCAAUCUAGACGUAAACAACGACGGCAACAGCGGAUUCAAUUUCCGCUACUCAUACCGUUAUCGAGAAAAUGGGACACUGUAUCGAGAUCUGGUAAAAGCGAUUGGUCUGCGAUUCUCCAUAUUCGUCCACGGACGUGCUGGAAAGUUCAGUAUUAUUCCACUUCUUCUUAACCUCGGCUCAGGUCUAGCGCUCCUCGGAGUGGUAAGUGCAGCCAUUCUGUUUCAUUACUUAAACCUUUUACUCGUAGAUGACCUAUUCACUGUUCUUAUUACUUCGGCAUUCAUCAAACCCUCCCCCAUGUGGACAAUCAUAAAAAUCCACUUUAUGUUCCCUGUUAAUGUCUACAUGAUUGUGUCAAAAUUAAUAACGUCGCAACCCUGCAAUUGUUGA